GCAGUGUGCUCCGGAUCAAAGGCUCUCUCAGCUCCCCAGUCAUCCAGUCAUCCGGUCCCGUACUGAGCGCAGCGCAGUCUGCUCUCCGUCUCCACGGACGCUCCUCUCUCUGUCUGGAUAUCUUCUUCUUUUUCCUCUCUGGAUUAUUAUAUUCUUCUGAUGGUUUUUAACUCCAACUCGAUGCAUAGAAAUGGGUAAACUGCACUCGAAACAUGCUGCUAUUUGUAAACCGAGGGAGAGUCCAGAAGGCGACAGUUUUGUAGUCAAUGCCUGUUUGGCGAGGAAGGGAAUCGACGACUGGCUCGUGAAGCAGAAAUACUACUGCACGAGCUCUCGCCUCGAGCAACAGGACUGUCACCACAAGAAUAACUGCGGUCUGACUACACGGGACUCCAUCAAUGAAGCAUGUGCACAGAGGAUUGGUGAUGAACACUACCGUUUACAAGUGGCUUUACCCCCAGAGAAGACAGACAGCUGCUGUGUGGAGGAGAAGAUGCAGGGAAGGGACAGCCAAUCUCCCGCAGGGCCACAGAAACAGCUCCAGUUUGAAGAGUUGGAGUGUGCCGUGUCCGUGGAAGAGGAUAACCGGCAGGAGUGGACCUUCACCCUCUACGACUUUGACAACAAUGGCAAAGUCACCAGAGAGGACAUCACCAGCCUGCUCCACACCAUCUACGAGGUCGUGGACGCCUCCGUCAACCACUCUCCCAGCAGCAGCAAGACGUUGCGGGUCAAGCUGUCGGUGGCUCCCGACUCCAGCCAGAGGUGGAGGAGUUGCACGCAGGGUGCGGCAGACAUGUCCCACCCCAGAGAGAAAAAUGACAAGUGCAUAGAAGACCCCAAGAGUGCGGACAAGAAGACUCGAGCACUCCUAAGGCGCCACCACAGUGACCACCACACCCAGCCGGGCUGCCAGCGCCACUGUGUGGAUGAGAACCUGGAACGCAGGAACCACUACUUGGACCUGGCAGGCAUCGAGAACUACACAUCCCGCUUCGGAGCCGCACCCACCACCACGGAGCCGACGAAGGCCGAGCCUCAGACCCGCCCAUCCAACCAGACGCGCUCUCGCUCCCACGAACCAGAAAAUGGCCACUCCCACCCCCACCAUCGCCGCUUGCACACUGUUGUGGACGCAGUUGCUCCGGACAGCCUCCACCCCGCCCGCACGCGAGGACAAGACUCAGGGAAACACGCCCUCCGUUCCCCCAAGACCCACAGCCGAACGCCUCCUGCGCAGAUCAGCAGCAGGGUGAUGAGAAGCCGAGGUGUCCCUCCUCCCCCGGCGAUACCCAGCCAGACGCCCCCUCACCAGUCCUCGGCGCCCUACCGCAAGCACAAGCAGCGGUCCAAGGAGAGCCAGGGCUACAGGGCUUUGGGCUCUCUGGCUCCGGGACAAGUGGUGGAGAAGGAGCAGGUGAGGGACCUGCCCAGUGUGCUGCUGUACGAGGGCGGGCUGGCGCAAGUGGUGCAGCGGCACGAGCACCACCACCACCAUGAACACCAUCACCACUACCACCACUUUUACCAGUCCUGAAUUUCCACCCUGCCUGGGACAGCUCAGCACUCCUGCAGCCCCGCAAAACCCAACCAGGCCAGCAGACACUGACUGCAGUGAGCUUCCUCCUCAACCGCCGGGCUGCCCUACAUUGUGCCUUUGUAGUAGACACAGGACAUGAGUAGGAGGGGAGAAUCAUGGGAGGGGUGUCCCAGUGCUGUUAUUAAUCAGUGUUAUAAAGAGGUUGGUCAGACAUACAAAAGCUCGGGUAUGCAGCAGGACAGUGAUUCAGGGCCACAGCAGGUUCCAGGACUGAGGAUCACGGCACAGAGGGGCAGUUUUGAUAAACAACCCUGAAGUUCCUCUCGGCCCCGACCCUGUAAUCCUCUACCUGACGAACUCUACAGCUCCAAACCAGCACCACAACCCUUCCAGACCGCUAAGCCAAAAGGUUUUUUUAAGGAGAAGGAGGGACGAGAGGAAGAAAGACUGUGAUGUAAAAAUGAAAAUAUAUGAAAGAAUAUAGGUGAUAGGAGAGCAGGGCAUAGUGUGCAUAUGUGUGUGUGUGUAAAAAGCGCGUGAAUGUGUGGCCGUAGCAAGACUGUGUGUGUGUGUGUGUGUGUGUGUGUGUGUGUGUGUGUGUGUGUGUGAGUGUCACGACACUGGUGUCUGUUGAAAAACCACUUGAAGUGCGCUCAUGGGUGCGUGAGUAUUUAAAGCAGGCUGUCAGGCAGGUUUUUGAAGAUGAAAAUGAAGAUUCUGAUUCAAGCACGCAAUACCCCGUCAGCAAAAAUGGGAAGGAAAAAAGUUUGAAAUGUUAUAAAGUACUAAAAAAAAGGAAAAAAAAAAAAGAACAGAGAUCCCAAAUCCGCUGCUACCUCUAAUUUUA